CGUAAGGGAAGAUGAUGACAUUAUCGACAGGAAUGAUUCCACACAUGCAGAAAUGAACACAGCACAUGAAUGUAAUUGAUAACCCACUUAACAGAUUUAAACCAUAAGUUUCCAUAUCUUAUGUACUAUGUUAAAGCCUGUUUGAGCUAUGCCAGCAGAAGUGAGUAUUAUUACUACCAUAUAUAAUGGUGAAAAAUGGUUAAACCAGUAUUUUGAAUCAGUUUAUACACAGACUUAUCAUGGAUUACUAGAGUUGUCUAUUUAUAACGAUGGGUCUACGGAUAAUUCAAAAUCAAUAAUAGAAAGCUGGACGACCAAGCUGAAAACUAGAGACAUCAACCUUAUUUUGUUUGGACAUACAGGACUUCCAAGAGGGGUUGGUCAUGGUAAAAAUGUAGCUGUUAGACAAAGUUCAGGAAAAUAUCUGUGUUUUCUAGAUGCUGAUGAUGAGAUGAAUGAAUGUAGAAUAGAAAAACAACUUCAAGCAGCUAAAUCAUUCCCUAAUACUAUAGUAGGUUGUAGAUUUCAUCGUUUACCAGCUGAUUCUACUAGAAGAUAUACACAAUGGGCCAAUAAUCUAUCUCAUAAACAGCUUUAUACACAGGCCUACACCAGUCAUGGACCAACUGUUGUCAUGCCAACCUGGUUUUGUAGAAGAGCUAUAUUUGAUAAUGUUGGAGGGUUUGAUGAAGGAGGCAAGGGUGUACCAGAAGAUCUGAUAUUUUUUUACAAUCAUCUAGAGAUUGGUGGAGAACUAUAUAGACUAGAUGCAGAUUUAAUGAUGUAUAGAUAUCAUACAGAUGCUACAACCUUCUCUGUUGACAGGAAAACAAUAUGGAUGUUAAGAAUAGAGUUUCUAGAAAAACAGGUUUUAAGUCAUUGGAGAGAGUUUACUAUAUGGAAUGCUGGGAAACAGGGUAGAAGAUUUUUCAGAUCAUUAUCAACUGAAAAUCAGAAAAAGGUUUGUAUGUUCUGUGAUGUUGAUACUAGAAAGAUUAACAAGGGCAGUUAUAUCUAUGAAAAUUCACAGGAAAUUCCAAAACCAAGAGUUCCAAUAUUCCAUUUUACCCAAGCUAAAACUCCUAUCAUAAUCUGUGUCAAGUUGGAUUUAACAGAUGGUGUUUUUGAAGAGAAUUUAAAAUCAUUAAAGCUUAUAGAGGGGGUUGAUUACUUUCAUUUCAAUUGAAGUCCAUGAGAUGAUGAAGAGCUUAAUCCAAACUUCCAUCUAGCAUCUAUCCAGAUCAAUCAGCAUGUAAGGAAUGAAAAGGCAGAAUACAUGCAAGUGACAGCAGGAUGAGAUAACAAACCUCAUACCUGAUGAUGGAAACUACAAAGGUGAAAACACCAUAGUUGAGAGCGGUGAAACAACAUAUCUCGUUUUCGAGAAACUCCACAGGUGAAACCACCAUAGUUGAAAGCAGUGAAACAUCAUAUCUGGUGAUGGGGGAAACUCCACAGGUUAAACCACCAUAGGUGAGAGCAGUGAAACAUCAUACCUGGUGAUGGUUCGAACUCCACUGGUGAAACCACCAUAGUUGAGAGCAGUGAAACAUACCUGGUGAUGGGGGAAACUCCACAGGUGAAACCACCAUAGUUGAGAGCAGUGAAACAUCAUACCUGGUGAUGGUUCGAACUCCACUGGUGAAACCACCAUAGUUGAGAGCAGUGAAACAUCAUACCUGGUGAUGGGGGAAACUCCACAGGGGAGACCACCAUAGAAUGAAAUUUGAUGUUUAUAAGGUGAAUAUAGGUCAAAUGUAUGCAUGUUGAUUGACCUAAAAACAGUGUACAUUCUCAUAAUUAAAUCAUAAUGCAACUUGUAUAGUUUUGGAAGCACUAAUUUUUUACCAAAAUGUUUUAAAUAUAUACAUAGCAAAGUG